UAUGGAAGAAAAACUCUGACAAACAGCAUUUGGGCUGGGAGAGUGGAGGUCAUAAGGGGAUUCCCGCUGAGAAAGUGGGAAGGAAGAGAGUUUAGAAACGGAUUGAAGUUCCGCUACAUCCCAUGUGUUGUGAGAGAAUUCGCCUAUUACGACGACGGCAACGUCUGAUCUCCUGGCUUUCUUCCCCUCUUUGAGGGGUUCCGUUCCGCCCCACUGUGGGCGCGAGUUUGGCUGUCCCAGCGCCGGGAUCUUGGAGUCUGGGCAGGAUCUGGUACCUGCUACAUUGGGAUGUUGAUGGGGAGGAGGUCGGGGCGCGCUGAGUUCAGGCUGGGGUCAGAGUUCUCCCACCUUGCAGCUCCCACCCGCUACGCUUAGAAACCUACGCCCGAAGGAAAGGGAUCUUGCUCUGAGAGAACCGAACCAGGUUUUCUUCCAUUUCCUUUGCAGCUCUAGAUGUCUUCGCCCUGGCUCCAGUGGCGGCACCUGACUUGCUGGAUCCUAAAUCUGCCGCUCAGAACUCCAAACCGAGGCUCUCGUUUUCCACGAAACCCACAGUGCUUGCUUCCCGGGUGGAGAGUGACACGACCAUUAAUGUUAUGAAAUGGAAGACGGUCUCCACGAUUUUCCUGGUGGUUGUCCUCUAUCUGAUCAUCGGAGCCACCGUGUUCAAAGCAUUGGAGCAGCCUCAUGAGAUUUCACAGAGAACCACCAUUGUGAUUCAGAAGCAAACAUUCAUAUCCCAACAUUCCUGUGUCAAUUCAACGGAGCUGGACGAACUCAUUCAGCAAAUAGUGGCAGCAAUAAAUGCAGGGAUUAUACCUUUAGGAAACACCUCCAAUCAAAUCAGUCACUGGGAUUUGGGAAGUUCCUUCUUCUUUGCUGGCACUGUUAUUACAACCAUAGGAUUUGGAAACAUCUCACCACGCACAGAAGGCGGGAAAAUAUUCUGUAUCAUCUAUGCCUUACUGGGAAUUCCCCUCUUUGGUUUUCUCUUGGCUGGAGUUGGAGAUCAACUAGGCACCAUAUUUGGAAAAGGAAUUGCCAAAGUGGAAGAUACAUUUAUUAAGUGGAAUGUUAGUCAGACCAAGAUUCGCAUCAUCUCAACGAUCAUAUUUAUACUAUUUGGCUGUGUACUCUUUGUGGCUCUGCCCGCGAUCAUAUUCAAACACAUAGAAGGCUGGAGUGCCCUGGACGCCAUUUAUUUUGUGGUUAUCACUCUAACAACUAUUGGAUUUGGUGACUACGUUGCAGGUGGAUCCGAUAUUGAAUAUCUGGACUUCUAUAAGCCUGUCGUGUGGUUCUGGAUCCUUGUAGGACUUGCUUACUUUGCUGCUGUCCUGAGCAUGAUUGGAGAUUGGCUCCGAGUGAUAUCUAAAAAGACAAAAGAAGAGGUGGGAGAGUUCAGAGCACAUGCUGCUGAGUGGACAGCCAACGUCACAGCCGAAUUCAAAGAAACCAGGAGGCGACUGAGUGUGGAGAUUUAUGACAAGUUCCAGCGCGCCACCUCCAUCAAGCGGAAGCUCUCAGCAGAACUAGCUGGAAACCACAACCAGGAGCUGACUCCUUGUAGGAGGACCCUGUCAGUGAACCACCUGACCAGCGAGAGGGAUGUCUUGCCUCCCUUACUGAAGACUGAGAGUAUCUAUCUGAAUGGUUUGACACCACACUGUGCUGGCGAAGAGAUUGCUGUGAUUGAGAACAUUAAAUAGCCCUCUCUUUGAAGAACCUUAGGCAUAGCCAUAGGUGAGGACUUCUCUAUGCUCUUUAUGACUGUUCCUGGUAGCAUUUUUUAAAUUGUGCAUGAGCUCAAAGGGGAACAAAAUAGAUACACCCAUCAUGGUCAUCUGCCAUCAAGAAAAUUUGGAAUUCGAGCCAGCACUUUCUUUCUGAUGAUGCUUGUUGAUUGGUCCACUUUCUUUGAUGAGUGGAAUGACAAGCAAUGUCAGAUGCCUUUUUGUGCCCAGACUGUUUUCCUCUCUCUUUCCCUAAUGUGCCAUAAGGCCUCAGAAUGAAUUAGAAUUGUUUCUGGUAACAAUGUAGCUUUGAGGGAUCAGUCCUUAACUUUUCAGGGUCUACCUAACUGAGCCUAGAUAUGGACCAUUUAUGGAUGACAUUUUUUUUUUUUUU